GGGGUUUCGAGCUUGGAUUUACUUUGAAAACGGGUAAAAAGUUGUUUUAAAAAGUAUUGUAUAUAUAUGGUUCGAUGCAGCUCGGCGAACUGAUUCCGAAUAUCACCUUAGUUGUCCUUUAAACUCUAGUACAGAUGUCUAAAGUCGCAUUUUCGCCUAGAGACCUCGGAUUUUUGGGCACCAUUUAAAACAGCUUAGGUUAGGUUUCAUGAGUUGGCGCUACUACCAUAGUUAGAAUACAUAUCCAGAAAUAUCUGGUAAAAAUACACGCGCGAGCAGACGUGACCCUUUCGUAGGGUUUUUAACAUACGCAACAGUAGGUUUUCGGGUAGGAUUUCUACAUAGGAAUUCCUAGUUUUCUAUUCUAUUUUAAAUUGGAUUACGAUAAUUUUUUUCGCCAUAAAGUCCAUAGAUGAGCAAGUUUUUCGCGAUAUUGUUUGCUUCUGAAAUAUUGUGCUAUAAUGCUCUGCAGCUUGAGUUUCUUGAUUUAUGCUGAUUUCUGGGCCCAAGCUUUGACAGGCUUUUUUCUUGGGCUCUAUAAAACUUUGAGAAUCGCUAUUUUAGGAAAUAAUAGAUCACAUAUGUAUGUAUCUACGUGAACAGUUAGAUUCUGGAAAAAAAUAUUUUCGCAUAUGUCCGCCUGGCUCCCCACUGCGCCACACCCACACCCACACCCACCCACACCCACACCCACACCCACACAUCCCACACCCACACUCCAAUAUUAAAUAACGAAGAAAUAAUAAAUGAUGACAAGGAAAAUGAUGAAGAAUAUUUUCUUCUGCCACGAGCAGCAGAAUUUUUAAGAUUUGGUCGACAUCUUCAUCAUUUUCUCGUUUUAAUCGUUAAGCUUAACGUUCAGUUUGAAGCAAUUGUUUUGAUUUCGUCGAUAAGCUCGACCAACUGAUUCUAUCAAUUUUGAGAAAUGAUCGUCUGCUUGUACUUUACAUAUAAAAACUCUCCGUUUGUGGUCACUCACUGGCAGUGACAUCUUUCCUUUCUUUGGAACAUUGGUUGUCCGAUAGUUUAUCAUGAACAAAUGGACGGACAUACACAAUGAAGAAUUACCAUUGUCAUUGUCAUUUUAUAUUUCAACUCGAAAGAAAUGCAAAACUACGCUGAUUUUCGAAAAAGUAUUCGAGAUUUUCUUCUUUUAAACCCAUCACCAUCACCAGCUGAUACAGUUGCUAUUCUCGAACGACUAGAAAAACAAGUAUUCGGCAUUUGUUCGUCUUUGGGUUCAAAAAUGGACGAAAAAAAUAACGAUCUGAUCAAACCACUCAAAGAACGUAUUGAUCUCGGUGACCAACUGAAUAUAACGAAAGAAUCAACAAAUAAAAUCAUUAAAUGUUACAACAUGUCUAUGAAAGCUGCGUCGCAUACCAUUGCACGAACAAUUAUAGAAAUGAUUGCGCGUGGACACGCGCAAGAAAUUUAUUCGUCUGUGGAAAAACUUAUGAACCAAUUUCGUCUCGAGAAGAAGUAUUCGGCGAGUGAUUGAUCAUUAUCUUAUUCUGAUCGAAAUUAUAUAUUUUCUUUUGGAAGAAUAAUCGGAAAACCAUUGAUUUGGUGCAAGAGGCAAAGAUACGAUCAUUUUGGGAUAAAAUUACAUCAAUAGAACAAAACAAUCUUGAUCUUUAUCUUAAAUGGCAUUAUCAAAGUUUACAUAAGAAAAAUUUUGUUCCAACGAAUGAUGUGUUAAAACAUCUGUGGAGCAGAUCGAAAGCAACUGAUAUAGUAACAAGUCUCACGCAUCCUAAAUUUGGCUCAUUUUCGGAUAAAAUCGAACAUAUUGAAACAUCAUUCAUAAACCUCUACCAUACGUUGUCUGAAGUGAUUCACAAUUCUAGUCCUCCAUACGAAGAUGAUAAAUUGCCAAUUCCAGAUCUUAGUGAAGGGCAAUUCAGCCGAUCUGAUGCCUUAGCUCUUGCUUCAUUCUAUAAAAUUGCAUUACCAAAUAUUGAAUAUGAAUUCAUUACAAAUAUCGUCCAUUUCUCUUCUGAUUCAGCAAAUUUAUUUAAUCGUAUAGAUUUAAACAAUAGUAUGAACAUGUGGACUACCACAAUGAAUGGAACAAAUGAACAAUCACUCAAACGAAAAUUGUCUGAUGGAAAUCAAGAAAAUGAAAUCCAAUGA